AUGAUGAACCUCAACGAAGGCAAGGUGGCGAUCUACGAUUCCAGCUCGUCAUCCUACUUAAUCAGUGUUCGUUCCGUCGCCCAGAUGCUGAUUUCGCUGCUCCCAAACGACGCGAGACCGAGACCACGAAUGCAAACUUUCGAGCCUGGCCUAGAAGUCCAAGUGGACAGCUACAACUGUGGCAUUUACGUUCUACUCGCGUUUGAAAUGUUCUGCGGGGCCGAGCCGCUUGGACAUCUCGACAAGAAGACGUUGCAAUGCCUUCACUACCGCUACCUUUGUAUGUGCAUGGAUUAA